AACCCUAUUAAGUCGUUCGCGCAGAGUCGUUUCACCAGAUCCCAGGCUGGUGCUGGUGCGUGUGAGACAUAUUUUCAGGCACAGUUGUGAAAUUUUUUUUUUAGCCAAAAUCAAACAUGCGGACCGUGAUCCUCUUGCUCCUCGGAGUUCAUCUCGCCUAUGCUGGAACACACUCUCUGAAAUACUUCUACACUGCUGUGUCUGGAGACAUUGACUUCCCAGAAUUCACUAUUGUUGGUCUGGUCGAUGAAGGGCAGUUUAUGUACUUUGACAGCAACAUAAAGAGAGUUGUGCCGAAGACAGAGUGGAUGAGACAGAAAGAAGGAGCAGAUUACUGGGACGGAGAGACACAGACUGCAACUGGAACUCACCAGAACUUCAGAAACAACAUCCAAGUCGCAAAAGAACGGUUCAACCACUCAACAGGAGUUCACUCAUUCCAGUUCAUGUAUGGCUGUCAGCUGGAUGAUGAUGGCAGCACUCGAGGAUACUGGCAGUAUGGUUAUGAUGGAGACGACUUCAUCAGCUUUGAUAAGAGCACUCUCACCUGGACUGCUCCUAAUGCUCAAGCUGUUAUUACCAAGAAGAAAUGGGAUGACGAUAAAGCUGGAAAUGAAUAUCAGAAAACAUAUCUGGAGAAUGAAUGCAUUGAGUGGCUGAAGAAGUAUGUGGGUUAUGGCAAGGACACUCUGGAGAGAAAAGAUGCACCUGAGGUGUUUCUUCUUCAGAAGGACCCCUCCUCUCCAGUUUUAUGUCAAGCUACAGGUUUUUACCCGAGCAACAUAAUGAUGACCUGGCAGAAAAACAAAGAGGACCAUUAUGAGGAUGUUGCGGUUGGUACAACUUUGCCAAACAUAGAUGGAACCUUCCAGAAAACCAUCACCCUGAAUCCUGAGGAGUGGAAGAACAACAAAGAGGCCUACAGAUGUGUGGUUCAGCAUGUGGGAGCAGCGCAGGACAUCGUUGUCACUGUGAAAGAUAUCCGGUCCAACCCAGGUUCUGACAAUACCAUUGCAAUAGUUGUGGGCUGCCUGGUGGCUGUUGCUGCUGUCCUUGCUGCCAUAGUUGGACUCGUUUUGUGGAAGAGGUCCAAUGGCUAUGGGAAGGCAAGCACCAAAGAUUCUGAUUCUGAAAAUUCAGACCAACAGCUGUCACAAGUAACUUCCAAGUAGUUGAAUUUGGGUCUCUGUGUCUUAUAACUGUAUCUUUCCUCUGACAGAUAAUUAAAUGAAAAAUGUCUGUCUUGGCACAAAGGAGUUCUAAAAUGAGGAUAAGGAAUGUGGAAUGUUUAAAUCUUCAUCAUAAUUAUUCUUCCACAAAUUCAUUACAGAUGCUCUGUCUUUGGUUUAUUUCUGAUCAUUUCUAUUGUUUACCAGCCUAUUGAACACUGUUAAAAUCAUAACAAAACCUGUAAUCUAAUAGUGAUUAAAUAAUAGAGAUAUUAUUUCACUAUGCCCUUCCUAAUAGGAGCCAUAAUGUCUUAAUUCAUUAUAACAAAAUUAUUCUCAAUCUCUUUUAAAGUAGGUGUUGUAGUACAGCAGAAUUAUUGGUUUCAAUAAUGAAACUAAAUGAUUUUAAUAUUGUUUAACUGGUGAAUCUUUUAGUGCUGCUGCAUAAAUCUGAAGCUUUAGCUAUGAAAAAUUACCUUUCCACAGACCCUUUUCACUCUAUAUUCUUUUUUCCCUUUUAAUAAAUGCAAUUGCUUUUCAUUAUCAUUUAAAUAGCCUUUAUGCAUCACUUUAUUUUCAUAUUACCAUUGUUUGUUUGUUUUUUGUUUUUUUACUGAAAGGUAUUUUAAGGGAUAAAUGUAAUAAUUUCCUCAAGGGUUUCUUUAUGUUGAGAUUGAAUGUUUUUUUAAAUGUAAAUUCUAAAUUGAAUAAAAUAUAGUGACAGUG